AUGGUUCUAAUGCAGACGGCGAUUACAGAUAUUAAAAGUCCAGAUACCUCUGCAACACAGUCUGUUAGACAUUUUUUGGACUCUGGAUCUCAUCGGACAUAUAUAACUGAAAACUUAGCAAGAAAGUUACAUCUUAACGGGAGAACAGGAAAUAAAACUUGUAACGUUUGUGUGAACAUAGUUCCGACAAUAAGUGGCAAUUUGCAUAGAAGUCCAGCAGGCGUUUUGAAUAAGGAGCACGUUAAACAUAUUAUUGGAAGUGUUGAUUUAGCUGAUACAUUACCAAAUAGAAACGAAACACCAUCAAUAGAAAUGUUAGUUGGUAACGACUAUUAUUUGGAUUUUAUUCUGUGUCAAAAGAUCGAACUAAAUCCUGGUUUGUUCCUUCUUGGGUCCAAGUUAGGAUGGAUCCUUACCGGAAGAACUUCUGAUCAAGAUAGCGAUGGCCCAUGUAUGCUUAUUCUAACGCAUGGUAAUAAUGCAACAAAUACAAUUUUAUUUGCCGAUGUGGAUAGUGUUGUACCUGUGAAACCAAAUUUAGAAGACUUUUGGAAUGUGGAGUCAAUAGGUGUUAUAGAAAAACAAAAUAUCUCAGAUGAUGAACAUGCAAUGAAAAUGUUUCAGGAUACAAUUCAGUUUGAAAAUGGCCGAUACCAAGUCACGUGGCCUUGGACUGAAGAAUUUCCUGAUUUACCUGUGAACAGGGACUUGGCAAUAGGUCGCUUAAAAAGCUGUGUUAAUAAACUAAAAACAAAACCUAAGUUAGUGAUGAAAUAUGAUGAAGUUAUGAGAGAUCAGCUAAGUAAAGGUGUUAUAGAGAAAGUUGAAAAAUCACCACUAGAUGGUUUGGUACAUUAUUUGCCACACCAUGCUAUUAUCACACCGCAGAAAACAACAACUAAGAUACGCGUAGCAUACGAUGCUACGGCGAGAACAAGAAAAUAA